AUGAGUAUGCCGCAAGAGCAAGGACACCCGAAAGCAGACGUCAUCGACGUGGAAGAUGGUGGUGUUGACAACGAUACAUCGCAGCAUGGAAUCAACGAUGUGCAUGAUGAUUCCGCGCGCAUCGAGGCUGUUUACAGAACCCUCGACCGCCGCAUAAUCCCCGCCUUCUGGACACUCUACUUCCUCGCCUCGGCCGUGCGCUCCAACGUCGCGCUCGCGCAAACCAUGAACACCGCGCAGCGCCACGACCUCGGGCACGUGGUGGGCGUGAACGGCAAGCAGAUCAGCACGGGGCUGGCGCUGUUCUUCGUGUUCUACGUGGUGUUUAAUGUGCCGAGUAAUCUGGUGAUGAGCGUGGUGCGGCCGCAUGUGUGGAUGGCGCGCAUCAUGGUGCUGGUUGGGGUUGUGGGCGCGUGUAUGGCUGCUAUGAGGAGUGUGGGAGCGUUUUACGCCCUCCGCAUCCUCCUCGGCCUCUUCAUUGCCGGCCUCUGGCCCGGCCUAACCUACUACCUAACCCUCUUCUACCCCCCCUCCCGCAUCGGCACCCGAAUCGGAUACUACUUCACCGCCUCACAAGUCUCCGCCGCCGUCGUCGGCCUCGUCUCCGCCGGCUUCCAACGCAUGGACGGCCUCGGCGGCCUCGUCGGAUUCCAAUGGAUGUUCCUCCUCUACGGCAUUGCAACAACACUCUGUGGCAUCGCACUGCUCUGGUGGCUGCCCGACCGGCCGCGUGCACCCCCCGGCGCCGCCGCCGACAAUCAUGACAACGAAGAUACAACAAGGACCACAAGAUGGUACACACCCCUCAUCCCCCGCCCCCGCCCCGCCCUCACCGGCCCCGCCGCAGCAACACACUACGCCCACCUCCGCAGCACAUACACGACCCCGCCCUGGACCCUCCACGACCUCACCCGCAUCCUCCUCGACUGGCGCCUCUGGCCCCUCACACUCAUGUACUUUGGCGUCGUCGGCGUCGGCUUCGGCGUGCAAAACUACGGCACCGUGAUAAUAAGGGGUAUCAACCCGGGCCUGUCAUCCAUCACGCUCUCGCUCCUCUUCGCGCCAAUCUGGGUGUGCGAUCUGCUUGCCAUCCUGCUCGUGACGCCUCUAUCGGAUGCGCUGGGGAUGUCGGGAUCGCGCGGGUGGCGGCGGCGGUGGGGGAGGGCAGGCGUGUUUGCGGCGGCGGUGGGCGUGCAGGUGCUUGGGUUGCUGCUGACGACGUAUAUACCUGCUUCGCGGCCGUGGGGGCGGUACGUGGGGUUGCUGGUGGUGGGGUUUGGGCUGGGGCCGACGGUGCCGGUGUGUAUGGCGUGGACGAGCGAGAUAUUCCAGGCGCGGCAUGGGGAGGUUGGGGUUGCGGCGGCGAGUGCGCUGGUGAGUGGGCUGGGGAAUCUGGGCAGUGUGACGACGACGUAUGCGCUGUAUACGGGGUGGGAGGCGGAUGGGAAGGGGAGCGAGCCGUUUCGGCGGAGUAAUUUGGUCAUGGUGGGGAUUUUGGGGGUGAGUUUUUGGAGUGCGGUGGGGUUGGCGGUUGUGUUGGCGGUUUUGGAGAGGAGAGGGGGUGGGAGGGCGAAUGUGAGGGUUGAACGGGGACUGAGUGGUUCUAGGGGUGAAAGUAGUAGUUAG